AUGGGCGCGUACCUAGCGCCGCGACGGCGUCGACGCUCUGUUGCUGUUGUGGCUCUCGUGUCUGCGCUCGUGUUGCUGCUUCCGAUGGCCGACGCUCGCAGUCUGCGUCAACGCGGGGAGAGUGGGGACACGUGGGAGGCCACUGCCGACGCGGACGCAGCGGUGGAAGUCGUCAAGGGCUCCUCGGGGCCGAGUGUACUUCCCGUGACGACACGCGCGCGAGACGGCAGUGAGCUCAGCAGCGACACUGUCUUCGCGUUCGGUGGGUCUGUGAACGAGAUAGAGGCGGAGACGGGAGCAGCUCAGUCGGCUAGGGAUCUGAAGUUGGAGUCGAGUGCGUCUGUGAGCGCGGACCGUGAGGCUGUGCUGACAUUGCCGAGUGCAGCGCCAUCCACUGGUACGACAAGCGGUAUGCGAUGUAGUGUACGUCCGAAGAGAAGCGCGAAUUACGAGAAGGAGAGACACAAGGGCGAUCACGACGAUGACGACGAUGACGAUGACGACCACGGAGAUGACGGGUCAAGCAAUGCAGGCGCCCACAGCAAUGCAGUUAGCAAUGGGGACGUCGAUACAGACAGCAGUGGGGACAGCAAUGGAGACAUCGAUACAGACGUGAAUGCAGACACCGACGCAGACGGCAAGACAGAAGACAAGACAGGUAGCAGUGCAGACGGCAAUGGAGACACCGACGCAGACAUCGGUUCAGACGGCAAUGCAGAUGGCGAGGCAAACAACAGCGGAGAGAGCAAUGGAGACGGUACUGCAGGCGGCAAGUUUUAUAACAAUGGGACCAUUGAGACUGUAGCUGCGACGGAUAAGGCGCCAACGGUCGCGUGGACUUCGGUACCGACACUUGCUGCGUUGCCACCACGACCUGAUGCUCCUGACACGACAACAAAGGGCUGGUCUUCGUCGAUUAUCGCAAACAGAGCGACGCCGGGAGGUCGAUCUGGAGAGCUCUCGGACGAAUCUGCAACUGAUGUGCUCGAGAACUCGACGAAAUCGGCCUCGUCGAAUGUGACAAGUACGUCUUUCGACCAGACGCUCGUGGUGGUCAUCAUUGGUGUCGUCGGAACGAUUGCAUCUCUGCUGCUCGUGUUGUCACGUAAGGUACUAAAGGCCACAGGUGACGACGACGACGACAUAGACCUGGAGGAUUCUGGUUUUAUCUAG